UGUAUUGAACUUUUGAAAUAAAGUAUUGUAAAAAAAAAAAAAAAAAGUUUUGUGGUGGCGGUGGCUGUGUGCCUGCUAUGAGAAACACGACACCAGAAAACGUCAGGCAAUAGGACCAAGCAGAGAGACUGCAUAAUAGGGAUAGGUUUUCUGAAAGUGGGUGAUGAUCCUCCAGAGUGUAUUUGAGGAAAUCAGUGAAACCACAGAAGCCAGAGCGGACUCAAGAAGAGAAAGAAACGGUAUAAAGUCAACAUUCGUGGCCAGAGCUUUAUGUGACACGUGCCACAUUACAGUAAGUAACUCAUUUACCUAUGAGGAUCAUCUCUGGGGUCUGGAGUUUGAACUGAAAUAUAUAAGGAAUCAGUCUGCCGGCGAGUAGCGUUACAGUUGCAACUCUUGAGAAUGGGAACCAUGCCAUUGCAUCGUGUGUGUGGAGCAUUUGUAUUCCUCAGUGUAUGUCUGAUUCCCUUCACACCACCUUGCGAUGGAGGAAACAUUCUGGUGUUUCCUGUGGACGGCAGCCACUGGAUCAAUAUGAAGAUCCUGCUGGAAGAACUUCAUGCCAGGGGACACAACAUCAGUGUGAUGAGGGUCACCAACAGCUGGUACAUCAAAGAAAAGUCCCCUCUCUACACAUCCAUUCCCAUUGAAUUAAGUAGUGACUUUGACUUUGAGAGCUUUUUUCAUAUGUUCGUACAGGAGCAUAUGCAGGCGCAGAGAGAGGGGGCUUCAGUACUUACUUUCAUGAAACUCACCAAGGAUUUCCUCUCUAUGAUGUCUCACGCUCAUUCAUUGGCUACUGAUGCCCUCGCUCAACUCUUUGAUGAUAAAAGUAAAGUCAAAAGCUUAAUAGAUGCCCAAUAUGAUCUUGUUCUCACUGACCCAGCUGUAGCACCAGGGGUCGUACUGGCCAAGUAUCUCAAACUGCCCACGGUCCUCAAUGUUCGCUGGGUCAACAGCGGAGAAGGUCACUUUACGAUGGCACCCUCGCCGCUCUCUUAUAUCCCAGUGCCGGGAUCGGGCUUCACAGACAAAAUGAAUUUCAUCCAGAGGGUCAAGAACAUGUUAUUCUACGGCUUUAUAGUGUUCCAGCAGAGUUUCGUGUUGGGGCCGAACUACGAUGCCCUCUGUGAAAAAUACAUAGAGGGCGGAUGUGACAUCACCUCGCUUUUUCAGGAAGCAGACAUCUGGCUGUUCAGGACAGAUUUUGUGUUUGAUUUCCCUCGGCCCACGAUGCCAAAUGUCAUCUACAUCGGAGGGUUUCAGUGUAAACCAGCUCAACCUCUGCCAGCAGACCUGGAGGAUUUCGUUCAGAGUGCCGGGGAGCACGGAGUCAUCAUCAUGACUCUGGGAACUUUUGUGAAUGCUUUGCCCAAAGAGGUUUCAGAUGACAUCGCCGGCGUCUUUGCCAAGAUGCCUCAGAAGGUGAUCUGGAAGCACAAAGGGGAGCGUCCCUCUACUUUGGGCAACAACACCCUGAUAGUGGACUGGAUGCCACAGAAGGACCUCCUGGGCCACCCGCAGAUCAAAGUCUUUGUAGCUCAUGGAGGAACCAACGGACUCCAGGAGGCCAUUUACCACGGGGUCCCUGUGCUCGGCAUACCUUUGUUCUUUGACCAGUAUGACAACCUUAUACGUCUGCAGGAGAGAGGGGCCGGAAAGAUCCUUGAGCUCGCUGAUGUUAACGGCCACAGUUUUGAGCAAGGUCUUAACGAAGUGCUCCAUGGUGACAGCUACAGGCAGAACAUGCAAAGACUGUCAAGUUUGCACAGAGAUCAACAGAUGGGACCCAUGGAUCAGGCCAUCUACUGGGUGGAAUAUGUUAUACGCCAUAAAGGGGCUCGUCAUCUGCGUACAGAGGCCUAUAAGAUGCCCUGGUACUCAUACUACUGUUUAGAUGUGAUGCUACUAUUGCUGACUGCAGCGACUGGACUGCUGCUCUCUAUUUUGGCCAUUUUCAGGUUCCUAUGCUGCAGAGCUAGAAGGACAACCAAAACCAAACAACACUGAUUAAGGUCAAUUUUUUUUUAGAAAUAUGCUACAAUGAGUUCUCUAUAGCAUUUUAUUUAAACAAAAAUAGACAUCUUAAAGAGGGCCUAUUAUGCUUUUGUGCGUUUUCCCUUUCCUUUAGUGUAUGAUAGUUUUUUGUGCAUGUAAAAGGUCUGCAAAGUCCACGCCAAAGGGAGUUACUCUCCCCCACAGAAACACUGCUCCUGAAGGGCCUUGCUUGAAGUCCCGCCUUUUCUUCUGUAACAUGGUGAUGUCACCAAGUAACACAUUUGCAUAACACCUAACUAGCGGGUAGUUUGGCCCGCCCUUAAACAAAGCUAGUUAGAGAGAGCUAGAGCUAGAGCUAGUUAGUAAACAUGUUCUAGUAGAAACCCCAAGUACAAGUAUGCACCUGAAAAUAAAGCAUAAUAGGUCCUCUUUAAA